UGCGUGUGAGUUAUACAGAGAAACCACGCGCCUCAGAAUCAUUCCACAGUCUUUCUCAGCUCAAUUUCAGCAAAGAAGUGAAAUCGAAAAACUACGCAUUUCAUUGUGAUCCUGUCCUUCUGAGAUAGCAAUAAAACCCAAAAAAUGGGGCUGGGUUUACUCGCCUCCCGGACUCUCCUGCGAUCCGGAAAACUCCGGCCAGGAAACUUCCCUCCUCUUCUCCGCCGCUCCAUCGUCUCCACUAGUGAGCUCCAAAAUGCCGAAGCAGCCCAAACCCAGCCGGAUUCUCCCCCGCCGGAUCUUCCCAAGAGAACUCCCGUCGGCGGGGCCCGAGUCCACUUCCCCAACCCGGAAGACGCUAUCGAAGUCUUCGUAGAUGGAUAUACGGUUAAAAUCCCUAAGGGUAUGACAGUCCUUCAGGCCUGCGAGAUCGCCGGCGUCGACAUUCCUCGUUUUUGCUACCAUAGCCGCCUCUCUAUUGCCGGAAAUUGCCGUAUGUGCCUCGUUGAAGUUGAAAAGUCCCCCAAGCCUGUCGCCUCUUGCGCCAUGCCUGCUCUUCCUGGGAUGAAGAUUAAGACUGACACACCUCUUGCCAAGAAGGCACGAGAAGGAGUUAUGGAAUUUUUGCUGAUGAAUCAUCCGUUGGAUUGCCCAAUUUGUGAUCAAGGUGGGGAAUGUGAUCUCCAGGAUCAGUCUAUGGCUUUUGGUUCUGACCGGGGUCGUUUUACUGAAACAAAGAGGUCUGUGGUUGAUAAGAAUCUGGGUCCAUUGGUCAAGACUGUCAUGACUAGGUGCAUUCAAUGUACAAGGUGUGUAAGAUUUGCGACUGAAAUAGCUGGGGUUCAGGAUCUUGGCAUGUUGGGUCGUGGCAGUGGGGAAGAAAUUGGAACUUAUGUGGAAAGACUCAUGACAAGUGAACUUUCAGGAAAUGUAAUUGACAUUUGUCCUGUUGGUGCUCUAACCUCAAAACCUUUUGCCUUUAAAGCUCGAAAUUGGGAAUUAAAGGGAACCGAAAGCAUUGAUGUUACAGAUGCUGUUGGUUCAAACAUUCGGAUUGAUAGCAGAGGCCCAGAGGUUAUGCGUAUUUUGCCACGAUUAAAUGAGGAUAUCAAUGAAGAAUGGAUAUCAGACAAAACACGUUUCUUUUAUGAUGGACUAAAGAGACAGAGGUUAAAUGACCCCAUGAUUCGCGGUCCAGAUGGACGCUUCAAGGCAGUGAGUUGGCGUGAUGCUCUUGCCGUGGUUGCUGAGGUCAUCCACCAAGUCAAGCCCAGUGAAAUUGUUGGAGUUGCUGGUAAGCUGUCUGAUGCAGAAUCCAUGAUGGCAUUGAAGGAUUUCUUAAACAAAAUGGGGUCAAAUAAUGUUUGGUGUGAGGGUAAUGGCCCAAAUCCAAAUGCUGACAUCCGCUCUGGUUACAUUAUGAACACCAGCAUCAGUGGCUUGGAGAAGGCAGAUGUUUUUCUCUUGGUUGGUACUCAGCCAAGGGUUGAAGCUGCUAUGGUGAAUGCCAGAAUUCGGAAAACUGUUCGAGCUGCCCAAGCUAAGGUGGGCUAUGUUGGUCCUGCAACAGACUUAAACUAUGAUCAUGAACAUCUUGGUACAGGUCCUCAAACACUUAAAGAAAUUGCGGAUGGUCGCCAUCCUUUCUCUUCAACAUUGAUAAAUGCCAAGAACCCUUGCAUCAUUGUUGGUGCUGGGGUUUUUGAGAGAAAUGACAAGGAUGCAAUUUUCUCAGUUGUUGAGACUAUUGCAGAAAGUGCAAAGGCUGUUAGACCCGACUGGAACGGGCUUAAUGUGUUGCUAUUAAAUGCUGCUCAAGCUGCAGCUCUUGACCUUGGACUUGUUCCAGAAUCUGGUAAUAGCAUUGAAUCUUCCAAAUUUAUUUAUUUGAUGGGUGCUGACGAUGUGAACUUGGAGAAAAUUCCCGAGGAUGCCUUUGUGGUUUACCAAGGACACCAUGGAGAUCGUGGUGUAUAUCGUGCAAACAUAAUUCUUCCAUCAUCAGCCUUUUCUGAGAAAGAGGGCACAUAUGUUAAUACAGAAGGGUGUGCUCAAACUACUGUACCAGCAGUACCCACUGUAGGUGAUGCUAGGGAUGAUUGGAAAAUAAUUAGAGCAUUGUCUGAGGUGGCAGGCGCAUGUCUACCCUAUGAUUCCCUUACUGCUAUCAGAUCUCGGAUGAGGACUGUAGCACCAAAUCUACUGAAUACUGAUGAGAGACAACCUGCAAUAUUUUCUUAUUCUUUGAAGCCUGAGUCACGCCAGGAGAUGAGCACUGUUCCAUUUGGAACAGCAGUGGAGAAUUUUUACAUGACUGAUUCAAUCACUAGGGCGUCCAAGGUAAUGGCUCAAUGCAGCGCAUCAUUGUUGAAGAAAUGAGCUCUGGAAAGCGAUGGACUUGAAAUAAGGGUGUCAGUUCACGUUUUGCUGUUUGGCUUCUGUAUCCUAAAUUUACGCCAUCUAGGAUUCUUUGUUCGUCAAGGAAAUAGAGAGGAUCAAGGAAAAAGAAUGAACUACAAUGCCGUAGCGGAAUUUUCUCAUAAAUGGCAAACCAGCUUUGGCAAUCUUUUGUACCUUUCUGUAAUUUUAAUCAGCAUCCAGCAUAUGGUGAAUCCAAAGUUACACUGGCCUUGGUUUAUAUUUUUGGCUCCAUGAUAUUUUGUUC